AUGGACACUAACAACAACACUCACCAUAUGACAAAUGCAGCAGAAAGAAGAAACAAUUUUUACAGGCUAUUCUUCAUUUUCGUCAUCUGGGUCCAUUUUAUAAUGAACCGAGUUUCAUGUGAAGAACAUUGGGAUGGGGUUGUUGUUACACAGUCAAAUUUCCUAGCACUUCAAGCCUUCAAACAAGAGCUUAUUGAUCCCAAAGGGUUCUUGAAAACAUGGAACGACAGUGGCUUUGGAGCAUGUUCAGGAGCUUGGGUUGGAAUCAAGUGUGCUCAAGGACAAGUCAUUGUGAUCCAGCUUCCAUGGAAAGGGUUAAAGGGACAAAUCACUGAAAGAAUUGGCCAACUUCAAGGUCUUAGAAAGCUUAGUCUUCAUAACAACCACAUUACUGGCUCAAUCCCUUCAUCAUUAGGACUUCUUAACAAUCUAAGAGGAGUUCAGCUUUUCAACAACAGGUUAACAGGUUCAAUCCCUUCUUCAUUAGGUUCUUGUCCUUUGCUUCAAUCUUUGGAUUUCGGUAACAAUUUGCUCACAGGUGAAAUCCCUGAGAGCCUUGGAAAUUCUACUAAGCUUUAUUGGCUUAACUUGAGCUUCAAUUCUUUGUCUGGUUCAAUACCAACUAGUCUCACUAGUUUGAAUUCUCUCACUUUUAUAUCCCUUCAACAUAAUAAUCUCUCAGGUUCUAUUCCUAGUUUGAAAAAUGGAUUAUUUAACCUUCAAAAUCUUGUCUUGGAUCAUAACUUCUUGACUGGAACCAUUCCUGGUUCUUUAGGUAAUUUAAGGGAGAUUAGAGAGAUUUCUCUUGGUCAUAAUCAAUUUAGUGGUCACAUUCCUCAAAGUAUUGGAAAAAUUUCAAAUCUUAAACAGCUUGAUUUGUCAUUGAAUAAUCUCAGUGGAGAAAUUCCUGUCUCUUUUGACAAUCUACUUAUUCUUAGUUUCUUCAAUGUUUCUUAUAAUAAUCUCUCUGGUCCUGUACCAUCUUUACUAGCACAGAAAUUUAACUCAACCUCAUUUGUGGGAAAUUUUCAACUAUGUGGUUAUAGUCCUUCAACUCAAUGUUCCUCUCCAGCUCCUUCGGAAGGACAAGGUGCACCUUCUGAAUCAUCGAAACAUCGGCAUCGUAAGAAACUAGGUACCAAAGACAUAAUCCUCAUAGUAGCAGGAGUGCUACUUGUAGUCCUAAUAACAGUCUGCUGUAUCCUGCUCUUCUGCCUGUUCCAGAAGAGAAAAUCAUCGAAUGCCGAGGAGGGGCACGUUACUGCAAGAUCAGCAGCAGCUGCUGCCAGGACCGGAAAAGGAGUCCCUCCUAUCGGCGGAGAAGUUGAAGCGGGAGGGGAUGCUGGAGGCAAACUAGUACAUUUUGAUGGACCGCUCGCGUUUACAGCCGACGAUCUUUUGUGUGCAACAGCUGAGAUAAUGGGAAAGAGCACCUAUGGAACAGUGUAUAAGGCAACAUUAGAAGAUGGUAGUCAAGCUGCAGUGAAAAGAUUGAGGGAAAAAAUCACCAAGAAUCAGAGAGAAUUUGAAUCUGAAGUUAGUGUUUUAGGGAGAGUUAGACAUGAAAAUCUUUUGGCACUGAGAGCCUAUUACUUAGGACCUAAGGGAGAAAAGCUUCUGGUUUUUGAUUACAUGCCUAAAGGAAGUCUUGCUUCUUUCCUACAUGCAGCUCAUGGACCUGAAACAAGAAUUGAUUGGGCAACAAGGAUGAACAUAGCACAAGGCAUGGCUCGUGGCAUGUUAUACCUACAUUCACACGAAAACAUCAUACAUGGGAACCUAACUUCAAGCAAUGUGUUACUUGAUGAGAACACAAAUGCGAAAAUAGCAGACUUUGGUCUAUCAAGGUUGAUGACAACAGCUGCUAACUCUAAUGUGAUUGCCACGGCGGGUGCAUUAGGAUACCGAGCACCCGAGCUAUCGAAGCUAAAGAAAGCGAACACGAAAACUGAUGUAUACAGUCUUGGUGUAAUCUUGUUAGAGCUACUAACAAGGAAGCCACCUGGUGAGGCAAUGAAUGGUGUUGAUCUACCUCAAUGGGUUGCAUCUAUUGUUAAAGAGGAGUGGGCAAAUGAGGUUUUUGAUGUUGAUUUGUUGAGAGAUUCGUCUACAAAUGGUGAUGAGUUGUUGAACACUUUGAAGCUUGCUUUGCAUUGUGUUGAUCCUUCUCCAUCAGCACGGCCAGAAGUUCAGCUGAUACUUCAACAGCUAGAAGAGAUUAGACCACAGAUGGUAUCAUCAGGUAUUUCUAGUGAUGAGGGAGCCAUUCCUACAAGUGAAUAA